UCGUUGGUUUUCAUUCAUCGUCGUACAGAAACAUCGCAAUUCGCAAGGAGAGGGUUUUGGAAUUGGGACAGGAAGAAGCGAUCGACGAUCUUAGUCCGGUCAGGGAGAAUGACUAAUCAGCCCAAAUCAGAAUUUUAUAGCCCCAUAGUACAGGGGAAUGCAUCCUGACCGUGAAUUGAUGCCAAAUUCAAUUCUUGCUGGAAUUGAAUAUGUCUAUGAGUAUACAUCAUGCUGCAUCAGAAAUCCACCAAAAAUGCUUCCUGAGGGAGUGGAGCAUGGAGAACAAAAGCAAGUGGGAGCUACUAGACAUGGAUUGCUUGGUCAGCAUUUUUGAGAAAGUGGGCAUGGAUGAUCUACUUCUGUCCUUGCCCUUUGUCUGCAAAUCCUGGUAUCGAGCUUCUCUGCAACCUUACUGUUGGAAAGUUUUAGAUAUUCAACAUCUUCAGUCAAUGGGUAUACUCUUCACCAACAGAUUUGUCUCAACUUAUAGAAUUAAAUGGUUCUCAUCUAUGGGUCUUGUGAAGCUCUUAGUAAAACUUGGCCAUGGAUCUUCUGUUAAAGUAAUACUUCCUGAUGAAUUUGCAUACGAGGAGCUGGUUUACAUCUCAGAUAAGUGCCCGGCUUUGAAAUUCCUUUCUCUUCCUGCUGCAUGUAUACUCAAGGAUAUAGCUGACAGCAUCCCAAGCCUUGUUCAUAAAUGGAGGAACUUAGAACAUCUUCAUCUGGACUAUAUACAACUAGGUUUCCCAUUGUCCAAAAUCGUUGAGGAAAUAGGCCGACACUGUAAGAAUUUCAUUGGCAUUAGUGUAAAUGCUGGUAUUAUUGAUGACGAAGCAGUUUCUGCAAUUGUUACCUGGCUCCCUAAGCUCAGGACCUUGGAUGUGAGAGGGACUACCUUUUUUGGGAUAAUGGACAUGGGUUUUACUCUAUCAAAGAAAAACUUGCUAAAGAUAUUGGGAGGCUGCAAAGAGCUGGAUUUCCUUGCAGUGAGAGAAUGUAGCCAACUUAAGAUUGAUAAUGAGAUACUGAAAAAAGCUUCCCAUAUCAAGAACUUUAAGUAUGAAAUUUUGGAUCAUUCAAGUGAUUUUGGUUGGGGACCUAAUUAUGAUUAUGAUGACUAUUGUGAUUACUGGUUAGAAUAUUAUGCUGAGGCCAUGUAAUCGAAGGUUAAUGUACAGGGUCGUUUCCUAGUAUUUGGUUUUUUUGUAUGGUUAAACUGGUUGUGGUUUUGCAUGUCCAUACUGGCUAUCAUGAGUUACUGUUUAUACUUGUGAAGAAUCGCUUUUGCUUAGACAUUUUUGAACAAUCACUUUGUGAAGAAUCACUUCUUGCUUGGGCAUUGAUUGACAAUCACUUAAUUUUAGAUUUUUAUGGACUCAGUUUUUUGUUGGAUA